AUGCCGACAGUGCCCUUCACUGGACAAGUGCAGAUGGAGUGGUACCAGUCUGUGGAGCAGAUCCACUUCAUCUUCUACGUAAAGAACCGCACAAAUGACGAUGUUGCCGUGACGAAAACCGCCACGUCGCUUGAGGUGACCAUCCGCCUCGAUGAUAACGGACGCGAGUACAGCUGCAGCUACGACCCGCUUUUCGCAGAGCUGACGGACGAUCCCCCGUCCAUCUCGGCGCGUCCCAUGAAGGUUGAGGUGUCCCUGACAAAGGCCCAGCCGUACCAGUGGCCGACGCUGGAACGCAAAGCUGACGCGGAGGGUGCAGUAGUGGCCCCCAUCUCUGACGCACCCUCUGGCGCGCUUCCUGCAACGGCCAAGGACCUCAGGUACCCGAACAGCAAGGGCAAGGACUGGAGCGCGUUGAAGCUGGAGGUCGAGGAGGACGCAAAGCCGGAAGGUGAAGCGGCCCUCAACAAGCUGUUCCAACAAAUCUAUGGCGAUGGCUCCGAUGAGCAGCGCCGUGCGAUGAUCAAGUCCUUUACAGAGAGCGGCGGCACGGUGCUGUCCACCAACUGGGAGGACGUAAAGAAAAAGAAAGUGGAGGCGCAGCCGCCAAAGGGCAUGGAAGCCAAGACCAUUUCGGACUAA